ACUCCUAAAAUAAAUAUUUCAUUAUAUCUAUUUUUUUUAAAGGUUUCAAAUAUCUUUUUUAAAAACAAUCUGUGUAGACUAAAAACAUAACGAUAUUAAUGGCUCAAAAUAAAGAUAAUCUAUUAAAUAGUUACUUUAUCUAAUUCAAAGUAAAAUGGAGCGUUUACGGAAGUUACUGAGGUUCUUUGGCUGUUAUAGUUGUUGUUGUUGUCAAAGAUAUGAACCUGUUUUUUUAUUUUUUUUAGUCUUAACAGCAAACUUCAAUGAUGAUGUCUUACCAGUCAAGGUUCAUUCCAAGUGUCGUGGUGCCUACCCACUUAAUGAUCAACUCAAAAGAUUCUCUGUUUCUGAUGAUCUAGUAGAUUGGAAUAAAAAAUUUGAUUCUUAUGCUCCAGUUUGUUACACUGCAGAAUCAGUAAAGAAGAUGCCAGUGUGGGCUGAUCCAGAUCUUGAUGAUCCAGCAUUUAAAGAAAUAAAAUUUAAUGAGUUAGAUGGCAAGGUCAAUCGCAUUAGUCACAUGGGAAAAUAUGAGAUAAUGAGUAACGGAGCACCAAGAAAUCCUAUGGGAAGAACGGGAAUCUCUGGACGUGGUCUUUUAGGGAGAUGGGGACCAAAUCAUGCUGCUGAUCCAAUUGUUACUCGAUGGAAGCGUGACUCUAAUGGGAAAAUCGAACUACAUAAAGACAACAACAAACCUAUAUUGGAAUUUGUUAGUAUUCAAAGAACUGACACACAUGAAUGGGCCAUUCCAGGGGGGAUGGUAGAUGCUGGAGAAAACAUCUCCUUAACAUUAAAAAGAGAAUUUGGUGAAGAAGCAUUAAAUAGCAUUGAACUCGACCAAAAAGAAGCUGUUAAGAAGCUUAUAGAUGAUUUAUUCCAUCAUGGUGAAAAUAUCUAUAAUGGUUAUGUGGAUGAUCCCCGAAAUACUGACAAUGCUUGGAUGGAAACUGUUGCCGUCAAUUUCCACGAUGAAAAGGGUACUUGUGUUGGUAAAAUUCCUUUGACAGCAGGUGAUGAUGCAAAAGCUGUGAAAUGGUUAGCAAUCGAUAGAAAGUUAGAUUUGUACGCAAGCCAUAUUGAUUUUAUUAGAAAAACUUGCGAGAAACGAGGAGCUUAUUUUCAAUAGCUAGUUAUUUAUAAUUAGUUAUUUUUUAUUAUUAUUAUUUUACGAUAAUAAUAUAUACAAAAAUAUCAUAACAUUUAAUAAAUGCUAUUUUAAUUCUAUUUUAAUAAAUAUAACCUUAACUUUUUUAUAAAUUAUUCUUAAAUUUUAUUUUGUUUGAACCAAUUUUUAUACUGUGGGGAUAAUAUUUUAAAGUUGUGAAGAUCGGACUUUAUAUUUUAUUUCAUUAUAUUUUUCAUAAAGUAAGUAGGCUAAUGCUUUUUUUAUAUUUUAAAUUAAUUUUAAACCCUUUUCUUAUUUAUAUAAAAUUGAGUAGAUUUUUCUUUGUGUCUUUUUAACUUUAUGGUUAUAUUUUUAAUAAAAACGUAGUUUAUAAUAAUUCAUUGGAAAUAAAGUUAUGGGUAGUAAA